GAGAAAAACGUCGUUUGGUGGUGGUAUGGCCGAAGUGUUGCCUGCACAAUCCAUGGAGGAACGACCAGACGACAAACUGCCGGCAAUACCGGAAGAAGACAGCAGCCAGCCACCACCGGCACCGACUGACGCAGCCAACGAACAUGUCUCCCUCCCAGAUAUUCAGAAAAGAGAGAUGGACAGUUCUACUGAGAGUCUUAUCAAGGCCCUUGGCCUGUCGGGGGCUGAUGAAAAGAGCCUCGGAAGGCUGCUCAAGACAGUCAGGGGUCAAGUGGUUUCCACCAUUGAUGAGUUGAGAACCAUUACUACACAUGACAACAACCUGGAAAGACAAUACAAAGAAGUUGUGUCAGAGAAUGUCCAGCUAAACUCAGCUCUGGAGGAGGCUCGUGGAGAGAUCAGGCAUCUGAAAGGUCGGCUCUCAGUGUUGAAGAUGACCUCACCGGAGAUCAGGAAACACAAGGCGAGAGUCCAGUUCAGGGAACGCAGGAAACAAGACCAUGAGCGUCAACUACAACAGGCCAGACAGAAGUAUCUGGGAGGUGAACCACUGCCAGUACUGGACUUUGCUGAGAGAGCUCGCACUGUGAAUGCCAGGGGAGAGUAUAUUGAUUGCAGGCAACAGCUGCACAGCCGCCACUCAACAUACCCUCCCGUGCCUCUCCCCUCCCAACCCUACACUGUCCCACUGCCACCAUCGACGAGGCCACACACUGACCCCCUGCCUCCUCCUCUGCUCGGCUGCAGGUGCUCUGUGUGCAAUGCCCAGCAGAGUCUCGGAGCCGUGACACUUGGCUCUCGACAACAACUCCUCUCCUCUUCCCCCCUUCACUCCAUGCCUCAGACCCAGUCGCAGCAACAUCGCACCACUCCCCACCUCACAAAGAGUGGUCAGCAGAUACUGCUUGGAGACAGGGUCAUUGUCAAGGGAGAGAGACCAGGGGUAGUGAGGUACAUUGGGAGACUGGAGGCUGAUGUACUAGGACAGAUCCUCAUUGGUGUUCACCUAGUCAUGCCAGUUGGGACGUGUGAUGGCUCACUGAGAGGACGUCAGUAUUUCCAGUGCCCUCCUCUCCACGGAGUGUUUGUCAGGCCAGCAGAUGUGCUCUGUGUGACAGGGAGGAAGCCGUGUACAGGUGGGACCGUUGUUCCACGGCUCCAGGAAAGAGCACCUUUUGGGACUGGAACCAGACGAGGUAGUAAGCUUCAAACACCGCUUCACUGGGGGCCACAAGGACAGGAGGUGAACUCCACAACUAUUCAUCUUUGUACAUCUCAUGUGUUAGAGCAAAACUUGGCUAGUAGCUCAGCUAGCCUCCUCUUGCAUUGUGAGCUAAUGUUGUGUUGUCUGUCUGAACAUGCCACUGCAGGUCCCAACUCCUGCCUCCUCUCUCACUGCCUCCACAACCACACAAGCCCGGGCCAUUCUCCGAGAAGAGCUGGCUCGAGUCAACGCCACGUCAUCACCCAAUGAGCUGUUUGAUGCCAGUGUGCAAGAGAUGAGUCGUAGAAUGGAAGACUUGGCAAAGAAAAACAAAGUAAAACUCACCUCCCAACAACAACAACGGAAAGAGGAAACCCCACCUCCUCAGCCAAGCUCUUCUCCAUCCCUAAAGGAACCACAGAGCCCACCUCCUCCACCCACUCCUCCUAAAACUCCCACACCCUCCCCGUCACCACAGGCACAACCCCCUACACCCUCCCCACCUCCCACUCCUUCUCCUCCUCCUGCUGCCACACCCCGGGUGACCACGCCUCCUCCGAGAUCUGAGACGCCCAUGGAAACGGUGUUGUUGCGAGCACUGCAGGCAAAAGACCUCGGGAACACUGGAUUUGUGACUGGAAAUGAGAUUUCUGCAACCCUCACUGAGCUGUCCCAGGGAAAAGCUAUGAGUGAGGCAGAGACUGAACAACUAAUGGAGAAUCUUGGCAUUCCUCAGACAGAGAGUGGGGGAUUUCCCUACAAUGACAUCAUACUCUACCUAGCACAGGCUAUUGAGAGCACGAAGAAUGAGAGCUAAGCUCCUAAUAGAGGGGCUGAAGCUCAUGCAUUUCUAGGUUAUGAAAGA